AUGACUCCGGCCCUGGUCUCCCGUCGCCUCCAGGCCUGUUCGGGGGACUCGGGCCUCUCGGAUCUGCUCCCCGGACCUCGCCGCUCCCCCAGCCCGGCUCGGCGAGGGCGCCCACCGUCCCGGCCCGCACCCCGCAGGCCCGUCACCAGGCAACAGUCACCAGCUCUAGGGCCUUGGGAAGGCCUACCCUGGGCGCGGGUCCUUCCCUAUUCCCUCCUCGCUAGCCUUAAGAGCCCAGGAGGGAGUGUGGCAGGUGAAGGAGAUCGCCCGCUGCCCGUGGGCGGUCACUCACCUCUUCCCCUCUUUCCCCGGAGGGGCGGUGCUGGGGCUCGUUUCCCCCGCCCCCCCAAACGCUUCCUGGCGGCUCCUGUUCAGCCUCAGAGUGUGGCCGCGGCCGCCGGCUUACUCCAUAGCCUCCUCCACCCGUGCGGCCUCAAAGCCCCGCCCCAACCCGGUACUCAGGGGCGGGGUUACAAGCCGGGGGAGGAGCCGGAGCGCGAGCGAGUGGCGGUUCUUUCGACCCUGCGGUUCCGUAGUCUUGUCAGCUGGAGCGGGGUUCCCGGGCCAUGACCGAGCGGGCGGAGUUUCGUGAGCCCUAGCGGUACCUUCUGUCGGAAAAGGAGGACAGAGAUCAUCUUAUGCAAAAUUCUAAUGAAUCAUAAAGUAUUUGAACCAGUAGGAAUGAAGCUAUUGAAAAAUGAAAAGGAAUUAGAAUUUGAAAAUUCAAACAGUAGUCUCUACAGAUCUCUAGGCAAUAAAUCAUCUUAUAUUUUUUGCAAAAGAAGAAAAGGAUUCUGCGAAUGGAAUUACAAGGAAAUUUUACCGGGAAAUGAAAUGAUUUCAAAUCCUCUAACACAAGAGAUUGGUGAGGAAAGAAUAAAGGGACUUAUUCAUACAAUGAGUGGGAAUAUGGCUUUACCUUCAAAUAUCAUAUUUGACAAAACUGUUCUUUCACUUUCAAAAAAAGUUAUAGUUACAAUUAAUCAGCAGUUAGUACCAAAAGGAAAGACUAGACUGAGUAUGCAGAAGAUACUCUUUGAUGUCAUAAUAAAAUACUAUAAUCAAGAGAGAGAUUGCCUAUUAACUGAUGAGUAUUCUGAUAUUCAGUCAGGAAUUAUUGAACUUUUAGAAAAUGGGAAAAGAAUAGAAGCACUUGAAACAGCAUAACUGUAUCUAAGAUUGUUACUGCGCAAUGUUAGAGAAGAAUCAUGAGGGCUACUUACCUUUAUAACUCUUGUAUCAGAACCUAACACCCACAAGUUACAAAAACAGUAUGAUAACAAAACAGUGAUCCUGAAAACUCUUGUCAAAUCAAUAAAAUCUUUUAAAAAAAAAAAAAAAGUAUGGACAGAACAAGAAGUCUGGUUUUUACUGGAGUAUCACUCUGAGCUAUUCAAGGUAUCUCUGGCAUUUUGCCCGGGCACAUUUAUUACUAAACUAUUUGUGUCCAGCAAAAAGGUAAAUUAUUCACUUAAUAAAUAA